AUGGCUACGCAUGGCAUACUCUACAUUGGAAUAGGGACAGUUGCUUCUGGCCCUGCGCUCGUAGACCUGGGAAAGAGAAUCGAACUCCAGCUGUCUAAAUUAUUUGCCCUAAAGGACGUCCAUUUGUCAGCGUGUUACACUCAAAUUGCACAGGGAGAAAAGCAACCUCUAGUGGUGGUGUAUCAUCUGGAGAAGACAGCUCUUGAACGCUUUCCUAAUCUCAAUGAUCCCGAAUUCCAGAUUACGGAGCUACUUGAGACAGAAACAUCACCAAAUCUGGCGGCGGAAAUGAGGCUGUACGAACAGAUCCAGGUAUAUCAGCUAGAUGAGGCUCGUGACCCUCAAAUUGAAGUGAUCAUAAAAGGGGGAACCCCAGGACCUUACGCCAUCUUUGCAGCAAUCGAACCGGCUGCUGGAACGGACAACGAUUUAGACAACUGGUAUCGGCAGGAACAUCUUGGACUCGUCUCAGAGGUCGGUGGUUUCAUUCGAAGUAGGAGGUACAAGCUCCGAGAACUCUUCACCUUUGACCUAUCCAUUGGCCAGCAGAAUGAAAACAUUGUCCCGCGUUACCUUGCUAUUCACGAAUUCCAAAAUGCAGAUUAUGUUGGUGAAACCCUCACCCCACCUACGGUGUGGUCAGCUAGAAUUUUGAAAUCUGUUCGGCACGUGGAUCUUUCAGUCUACAAGCUGCUCAACUUCUUGGGAACCAGAGAUGGAUAG